AUGGCCACUUCCACCGAAAGUCCUUCCAAGUUCAAGGUGACUCCCGAAAAACAAGCGAGUCUUCCUCACUUUGCCUACCAACAGCUCACGUGCAGACCCAAAUCCGUGACCGGCGUCAACCUCAAUGGCAAGACAGCAAUUGUAACCGGCUCCAAUACCGGCGUCGGUCUCGAGACGGCUCGCCAACUGCUUGACCUUGGUAUCAGGAAGUUGGUCUUGGCCAUUCGCAACGAGACCAAGGGCGCUGCCGCUGUCGCCAACCUGACCAAAGGUCGAGAGGCCAAGCACAAAGCUAACAUUGAGGUUUGGAAUCUGGACCUGUCCGUCUAUGAUUCCAUUCUUGCCUUCGCUGCUAGGGCCGAGAAGGAACUCACCACGCUUGACAUCGCCGUCCUAAAUGCCGGUAUUUGUCCCGUCACGCGCUCCUUCAACCCACACACCGGCCAUGACGAGGUUAUCCAAGUCAAUUACCUCUCCACUGCAUUACUGGCCAUUGUCCUGUUGCCCGUCAUCCAGUCCAAGCGCCAGAAUCAAUCCGGUCCCAGUCGUCUGACCAUCGUCAACUCCGAGGUAUCGGGGUGGACCAGCUUCAGCGAGGUCGUGGGGAAGAACCCGACGCCGCCCUCAAUUCUGGCCACUUUGGAUGAUGACGACAGCGGCAAGAAGGCCGUCAACAUGAUAGAUCGCAUGCAGGUGUCCAAGCUGCUGGGCCAGUUCUUCCUGUCGGAAAUCGCAAAGGUGGUCUCCCCUUCGCUGGCCGUCAUCAACGCUACAUCCCCUUCGCUGGUUCUUGAGACCCAGUUUAACCGUGAUCGCGACGGUACGCUUCUUUACACCAUUGGAAAGCUCGCCAUGAAGAAGGUGGCCAAUACCGCGGCGGUCGGGGCGCGAAUGAUUACGGAUGCCGCUGUCAACCAUGGCGAGGAGACGCAUGGAGAGAUGCUGAGCUUUCAAGAGCUUGUUCCCUUGGCACCCAUUAUCUAUACGGAGGAAGGAAGCAAGAUCUCAAAGAAGUUGUGGGACGAGACUAUGACUGAGCUCGAGUUUGCAGGCGUGAGGGAGAUUUUGGCUACAUUGAAAAGUUAG